GAGUUUGGGCCUUUGGGUCACCCACUUUAUCACGCCCGCGUAUAUAUUCACUCUCAUAUACAUCAUCCUAAACCCUAGUUUCGCAGCAGCGCCACUCCACUCGAGACUCCAACCCUAACCUCUCGCAACUCAACAAUGGUGUUUGUGAAGGCUAACAAGCCCAGGGCUUACUUCAAGAGGUUUCAGGUUAAGUUCAAGAGAAGGAGAGAGGGAAAAACUGAUUACCGUGCCAGGAUUCGCUUGAUUAAUCAGGACAAGAACAAGUACAACACUCCCAAGUACCGCUUUGUUGUCCGAUUUACAAACAAGGAUAUCACUGCACAAAUCAUCUCUGCUAGCAUUGCUGGGGAUAUGGUACUUGCAUCUGCAUAUUCACAUGAGCUUCCUCGAUAUGGGCUUGAAGUAGGCCUUACAAACUAUGCUGCAGCUUAUUGCACUGGACUUCUCUUAGCCCGUCGUGUUCUAAAAAAGCUUGAAAUGGAUGAGGAGUAUGAAGGCAAUGUUGAGGCAACUGGAGAGGAUUAUUCAGUUGAACCUGCAGAAAGCCGAAGACCCUUCCGAGCUCUGCUUGAUGUUGGUCUUUUGAGGACUACUACAGGGAAUCGUGUCUUUGGUGCUCUUAAGGGGGCUUUGGAUGGUGGCCUUGACAUUCCCCACAGUGAAAAACGGUUUGCUGGCUUCUCAAAAGAUACCAAACAGCUUGAUGCUGAGGUUCACCACAAGUAUAUCUAUGGUGGUCACGUUGCCGCAUACAUGAGGACACUGAUUGAAGAUGAGCCGGAGAAAUAUCAGACUCACUUUUCAUUGUAUGCUAAGAAAGGAAUUGAUGCAGAUAAUAUUGAGGAGCUUUACAAGAAGGUUCAUGCAGCAAUUCGUGCAGAUCCAACAGUUAAGAAGUCUGAGAAACCGCAACCCAAGGAACACAAGAGGUACAACUUGAAGAAACUCACUUAUGAUGAAAGGAAGAACAAGUUGAUUGAGCGUUUGAAUGCUCUUAAUAAUGCUGCUGGAGCUGAUGACGAUGAUGAAGAGGAUGACUAGAUAAAUCAUUGAAUGUUUGAACGAUAUCUUUUCUUCGGUUACACCUGUAGUUCAGUACCAUUUUGUUGUGUUCAGUUCCCUGAAUUUUGCAUAUUAGUAAUUUCAACUUUAUAAGAUUUUGGACCUUGAUGAGUUAUGAAUUCAUCUUCAAUUCUAGACAAGCAAAAAAUUAGUAUGCUGCUACAAUUAGUUUCUUUUUGGUUUGUGUUUUAUAAAUUAAUUCUGUAUCUGUUUAAUAUGUUCUUAAGCGUGACAUUCUGUUGCA